AUGGCUAACUACUUUCACUACGAUCCUUCUUUUCUUGUUGCAAUUUUAUUUUUUAUAAUAUUUACUGUUUCACUAAAUGUCCAUGUUUACCAAGUUGUCACAACAAGAGUAUGGUUCUUUUUGCCGUUUUUAGCUGGGUGUGUCUUUGAAUCCAUGGCCUUCAUUUGUCGAGCUGUCAGCGCGAAAGAAGCGCCCGAUUACACGGUUGGUGUCUGUAUGGUUCAGGAUCACCUGCUGCUUCUCGGCCCGACAUGCUAUUCCGCUACGAUUUACACGCUUUUGGGUCGCUUUAUCAAGUAUCUGGAAGGGGACAAAUACGCACUCAUCAAGCCAAGAUGGUUGACCAAAAUCUUCCUCUUUGGUGAUAUCACUUCAAUUACGCUCCAGGCGUUUGACGAAGGAAAAAGCAACAAGUCGGAUGCAACCCAACACAGUUUGACCACAACUGAAGGUGCGGUAGUCGCUGGCUUGAUAGUUCAGCUUGUGUUUUUCACAAUGUUUGUUGUCGUCACAGUGUGCUUUCAUUAUAGAUUUGCCAAGAACUCACUAGUACAACCGCCCAACUGGGACAAAUUCAUGAUGGCCAUUUAUUUUGCCUGCAUACUUAUACUGGUUCGAUCCAUUUAUCGCAUGGUGGAGUAUGUUCAAGGGCCUAAUGCUGAAUUGCAGUCGACGGAGGUCUAUGUAUACGCCCUCGAUGCCAUUCCCAUGGCUAUCGUGACUACCAUUUUUCACGUUAUUCAUCCAUCGAGCUAUAUGCCAGUCCUGGACAAAACAUUGAGUAAGACAGAGAGCGAGGUAUCUUUGACAUAUGGUCGACAGCAAUGA